AUGGACGAUUACACGAGAGAGAUGAUGGACCUCAAAACCCUCGUCACUCGCACUCUUGAAAAGAAAGGCGUUCUCGCUAGGAUCCGAGCUGAAUUGAGAGCUAGUGUCUUUGAAGCUAUUGAAGAAGAAGAUCGUGUCAUCGAAAAGGAUCAAGCUUUGCCUCCUGCAUUGUUAGGUAGCUGUAACGAUCGUGCUAAACAGCUUCACGCUUCUCCUUCUGGUAGACUUCUUACUGCACUGGUAUGUGAAUACCUUGACUGGGCACAGCUCACUCACUCACUAAAAGUUUAUCUUCCAGAAUGUAAUUUGGAGAAAGAUUUUUGGAAGUCUGAGUUGAAAGAAUUUAGUAGCAAAAAUGGAUAUGAUCUUAAUAGAAAUGGAGACAGCCCUGUGCUCUUGGAUGUGCUUGAAGGAUUCUUGAAAUUUGAGAACUUAUCUCAAGCAAGGGCUAGUGGUAGGAGGUUCACUACUUCAGAAUCUGAGCCUUUGCCAAACUCAGAAUCACGGAACACACGAAGGCAUUCUUCUUCAUCAGUGGCUGGUGGUUUACCUCCACUAGGAAGGGCUGUUCCCUCAUCUCAAGCAUCUGAUAGAAGAGGAGGAUCCUCCGGGUCUGCAUACAGGAAGGAUGAGUACAAUUGGCGAUAUGACAAUGAAGAACUUCCCGAAGAUGUAAUUCAAGCAUCAAAUGCUUUGGAAAAUCUUCAAUUGGACAGAAAAGCUAGGAAUCUAACAUCAUCUUGGCGACACGCUGCUGAUGAAACCAGCGAGGACGAUGGCAGGUCUGACCAUGCUUAG